GAUUGUGUUAGUUGAUUCAGUUUCAAGACUCUCAAUAUUGUACAAUGAACAAUCAGCUAAUUGUAAGACAAUUUACUGGUUCCAUGUUAAUUUUAAUCUUCGCAACUCAAUUGAUUAUAAUUAAUCCAGUUAAUUGUGAUGGUAAGAAAAAUAAAUUUCGUGGUAAUCGUCCCAAAGGAAAUUGUCACCUAAAGGAGAUCCAUGAAUGUAUUGAAAAGAUUGACCAUUAUUCAAAUGACCCUGAGGCCUACAAAUUGAUUACAAGUGAUUCUGGAAUUGAUCAGAUUUGCUCAAACUCUCAAGAUGUCAUCUACUGUUUCAAAGAUCACAUGGAAAAGUGUGCAACUCCAAUUCAAAAUGAACUUUUCGAUUUCGUUAUUGAACAUUUUGGUAAACAAAUCGACCGAUUCUGUAAACCUGGACAAUUAAGACAAGAUUUUCUUGCCCAUUCACCUUGUAUUGCUGAUUCAGUUUUAUCUAAAUCAGAUUAUAAGGAGAAAUGUAAUCAACCUUAUUUAGCUUCGAUUGAUACAAUUAACAAAUCAACCCAAUUUGAUGAUCGACUUGAUCUUACCUGUUGUUCAUACCGACGUUGGAUUAACUGCCUUUUAGAAAUGACCUCAAAUUCAUGUAAAGACUCAGGUAAACAAGCGAUGAACAAUUUUCUGGAUAAAUCAUUUGCUGGAUUAAGCAGCUUAAUCUGUUCACAGGAUCAAUUUGAUCCAACCUCUGAUAGAUGUAAAUCCCUUUAUCCAACCGGUGGAGCUUCAAUUGAUCCUAAUCAAGCUCAUAAUCCAUUAACCAAAUACAUAACAACCUAUUUCCGUUUCCUUUUAACCAAAUAAUCAACUUGUAUUAAUCAAACAAUUAACCAAGUAAAGUGAAUCAUCAAAAAUUGAAUGAUAUAUAAA